AUGAUUCUCACUGUAUGGAAUGUCAGGGGUCUUAAUGACCCUUGUAAAGUGGCUGAUAUUAAACAGCUACUCAAUAGAACUAAAACAGAUGUAUUGUGCCUUCUUGAAACUAGAGUUAAACAAAAGAAGUGUACUGGAAUUCAGAAACAAAUUUCUCAUGGGCUGAGUUGGGUGUGCAAUUAUUCUUGUUCUGAAAAAGGUAGAAUUUGGCUUGGAUGGAAGAGUGAAAGGCUUCAUAUUGAGGUAAUCACUGUUCACACUCAGUUCAUUCAUUGCAUUGUCAGUUCUCUUGAUUACAGCAGACAUGUAGCUGUUUCUUUUGUCUACGGUUUGCACGAUAUCCAUGACAGGAGAGAGUUAUGGAGUGGUAUUAGAGCUAUUGGUCCUGUUUCUCUUCCCUGGAUAUGUACUGGGGAUUUCAAUUCUAUUUUGCAGGAUGGUGAUAGAAUUAAUGGAAGUGAGAUCACUGAUUAUGAAGUUAGAGACUUCAAAGAUUUUAUUGAAGAUAUGGGUUUUGUUGAGAUUAAAAGUAAGGGCUCUCGUUUUUACUGGUCUAACAAAGCUUAUUGUGGUCCUAGAACUCAAACUAGAAUUGACAGAGUGCAUGAUGUUUGGAGUGGUGGUACUCAUGGUAGUCCUAUGAGUAGAGUUUGGAAGAAAUUUAAGAGUUUGAAAGUUAAGCUUAAACAGCUUAAUCAUCAUUCUUUUAGAAAUGUUGAAAUGAGAAUUGAUCUUGCUCAGCAGGCUUUGUUAGACAUACAAGACCAAAUGGCUUCUGACCCUCAUUCUCCUGCUCUAGGGGAUUAG